AUGGCGGCGCAGAGCUCGGCACUCUCCCCUCUGCCUGGGCUCCAUCACACCGCCCGGCAACGCUUCCUGCCGAAUGAGGCCAGCCAGGGCUCGGCAAGGCGAAGCUUCGGCACGGAUCGUGCUGGAAGCAUCAGUACUCUUGAUUCCUUAGAUUUUGCAAGAUACUCCGAUGAUGGCAAUAGGGAAGCAGAUGAAAGAGUAGCAGUCCUGGAGUUUGAACUACGGAAAGCCAAGGAGACCAUUCAGGCCCUCCGAGCCAACCUGACUCAGGCUGCAGAAAAUGAAGUUCCUUUGCAGGAACGAAAAAAUUAUAAAUCAAGUCCUGAAAUUCAGGAGCCAAUGAGACCUCUUGAGAAAAGAGCUCUGAACUUCCUAGUUAAUGAGUUUUUAUUGAAGAAUAGUUAUAAGCUUACAUCAAUAACAUUUUCAGAUGAAAAUCAUGAUCAGGAUUUUGAACUGUGGGAUGAUGUAGGAUUGAACAUUCCAAAACCACCUGACCUGUUACAACUCUAUCGUGACUUUGGAAAUCAUCAUGUUACUGCAAAAGAUGUAGUGGAUGUAGCAGUUGGUGUAGAUGAAGACGAAUUAGAAGCUACUACUCCCAUAAUGGGGAAUGUUCCCAUAUUCGAAACAACACCACCAUCAAUAGAACAAUGUUUAUUGGUGCAGAAACUAGAAGAUGAAAUUAAUGUGUUAAACAGUGAGAAAUGGUCUUUGAUGGAAAAAAUCCAAAGACUUGAGAGCGAAAUCGAUUUCCUCAAGAAUGACAACUUUGCUGCUUCAAGAGUUUGUGAUGUAGCUCCCCACCCCUCUUUAGAACAAGUGCCUCUCUCAGUCUCAGAGGACAAUGGACGGUACUUGGACAUCAAGAGCUCUGAGAAUGACAGUAAACAUGGAAGCACUGAGGGAACAAACCUUUCUGCAUCAGCUGGGGUGGAUUCGAGGACUUCUAAAGAUGAUACACUAAAUUCUGUGCCCUCUAAAGAAAGACAAAAAAUGUCCUCUUAUGUUCCAUCAGCUAAGGCUGCAGUCCACUUUGAUAAACCUAAUAGGAAAUUAUCAGCAGCUUUCCAUCAAGCACUACUGUCUUUCUGUCGGAUGUCAGCAGACAGCCGUUUGGGAUCAGAGGUGUCUCGGAUUGCAGACAGUGAAAAAAGUGUUAUGUUAAUGUUGGGACGCUGCCUGCCUCACAUUGUUCCUAAUGUCCUACUUGCAAAGCGAGAGGAAUUGAUCCCACUCAUACUGUGUACAGCCUGCCUCCAUCCUGAACCCAAAGAGAGAGAUCAGCUUCUCCACAUACUGUUCAAUUUGAUCAAACGGCCAGAUGAUGAGCAAAGACAGAUGAUACUGACUGGAUGUGUGGCGUUUGCCCGACAUGUUGGACCAACACGUGUAGAAGCUGAGCUUUUACCACAGUGUUGGGAACAGAUCAGCCACAAAUACCCAGAGAGGCGGCUCCUGGUAGCAGAAUCCUGUGGAGCCCUAGCACCUUACCUUCCUAAGGAAAUUCGUAGUUCAUUAGUACUUUCCAUGCUUCAGCAAAUGCUAAUGGAAGAUAAGGCAGAUCUGGUACGAGAAGCUGUGAUCAAAAGCCUUGGCAUCAUCAUGGGAUACAUUGAUGAUCCAGACAAAUAUCAACAGGGUUUUGAGCUGCUGCUUUCAGCUCUAGGAGAUCCUUCAGAACGUGUAGUUAGUGCAACACAUCAAGUAUUUUUACCUGCUUACGCUGCCUGGACUACAGAACUGGGAAACUUACAAUUCCAUCUUAUACCUACACUGCUUAAUAAGAUUGAAAAAUUGCUCAGGGAAGGAGAACAUGGCUUGGAUGAACAUAAGCUCCACAUGUAUCUGUCUGCUUUGCAGUCAUUGAUUCCUUCACUGUUUGCACUGGUGUUACAGAAUGCACCUUUCACAAGCAAAGCUAAACUUCAGGGUGAAGUGCCACAGAUAGAAGUGACUCGAUUUCCCCGACCUGUGUCACCUCUUCAGGAUGUGGCAACCAUCAUUGGAAGCCGUGAGCAAUUAGCAGCCCUGCUGCAGCUUUAUGACUAUCAGCUGGAACAUGAGGGUACCACCGGAUGGGAGACUUUGCUCUGGGUUGUCAAUCAGCUGUUACCACGGCUUAUCGAAAUAGUUGGCAAGAUCAAUGUAGCCUCAACUGCCUGUGUCCAUGAAUUCUCUAGAUUUUUCUGGCGACUUUGUAGGACAUUUGGGAAAAUUUUUACGAACACUAAGGUCAAACCACAGUUCCAGGAAAUCUUAAGACUGUCUGAAGAAAACAUAGAUUCCAUAGCAGGUAAUGGAGUGCUGACGAAAGCCACAGUUCCCAUCUAUGCAACAGGGGUCCUUACAUGUUACAUUCAGGAAGAAGACCGCAAGCUGUUAGUUGGCUUUUUAGAAGAUGUGAUGACCAUGCUCUCACUAUCCCAUGCUCCUCUUGAUAGCCUGAAAGCUUCUUUUGUGGAACUGGGUGCGAACCCAGCAUACCAUGAGUUGCUGUUAACUGUCUUAUGGUAUGGAGUUGUCCAUACUUCAGCUCUUGUUCGCUGCACAGCUGCUAGAAUGUUUGAGCUGACUCUUCGAGGCAUGAGUGAAGCCUUAGUUGACAAGCGGGUUGCUCCGGCCCUUGUUACCUUGUCCAGUGAUCCUGAAUUUUCAGUGAGGAUUGCAACGAUUCCCGCUUUUGGGACCAUCAUGGAAACAGUUACUCAGAGAGAGUAUCAAGACCAACAUUCUCUACAUACAGAAAUCAUAAAAACAUUUGGAAGAGUUGGACCUAAUGCUGAGCCCAGAUUCAGAGAUGAGUUUGUUAUUCCCCACUUACACAAGUUAGCCUUGGUCAACAACCAGCAGUCUGUGGAUUCCAAGAGACUGGAUAUUGCUACCCACCUGUUUGAAGCUUACAGCGCUCUUUCCUGUUGUUUUAUUUCAGAGGAUUUAAUGGUCAAUCACUUUUUGCCUGGACUUAAAUGUUUACGAACUGAUAUGGAACAUCUCUCACCAGAGCAUGAGGUUAUUUUAAGCUCCAUGAUAAAAGAGUGUGAACAGAAAGUGGAAAACAAGACCGUCCAAGAACCACAGGGCUCCAUGUCAAUUGCAGCAAGCCUCGUGAGCGAAGAUACAAAGACCAAGUUUUUGAACAAAAUGGGCCAGUUGACUACAUCAGGUGCCAUGUUGGCUAAUGUGUUUCAGAGGAAGAAGUAAGAUGGGAAAAGGAACUCCCAGCUAACACUAAGAAGGACCUCACAGAGACUGGUUCCUGUACUUGAAGUACUUGCCUUUUAAUUUCUUAUGUCUUAUGUUCUUGUAGUAUAAUUUUAUUCUAACCUCCAAAGAUAUUUGCACUGCUUUUGAAUUUCGCUGUGUAUCUGUUAAUUUGGGGUUAACUGUGGUUGAUAAAAAACUCAAAUCAUAGUCUGUACCAAGUCCCUGUUCAGUGUUCUUGUCUUUACAGCAUUUUUUUUAUAUAGUGGAAGUUUUUUCUUUUUCUGACAAGAUAUCAGCAAAUAUCUGUAUUAUACAUGGAGCUAUUAUGAUGGUACUUAAAAUAAUGUAAAUUUGAAGUCAGUGUCAUGAAGUAAUAAAAGUGGAGAUUACUUAUGUAUUUAAAUUAUGAGAGAGUAAUGCAGAUUUUUUUUUAUUAUGUUUCUAAGAAGAAGAGGAAGAGCCACCAGCAUUUGUCUGUGCUUCUAGGAUUGUUUUUAAGUAUUGUGCAUCUUGAAUCCAGAGGAAUUGCAGCAUCUAAUGUAUGAGACUGCUUGCACUGCAUCAGUCUGCAGAGAAUUCUUAUUUUUCAGAUGCUUUAUGCUUACAUUGUAAAUGCUGUACAAAAUCCUUCAGAUAAAAUUUUCACAUCUGU